AUGGAUAUAAUUAACUUGCAAAAAUUAGAAAGGCUGCGUACUUAUAACCAUUUCCAAAGAGAAAAAGAUAUUUUCAACGACGAAAUUGGUGGGUCGAAAUUUUACGACAAAUUCCAGCCUUUCCAUAUGCCUCAGUUCAGCCCGAAACAAAGAUCCUCCCUUAUUAAAACCCGUCUGAAAAAAUCAAAAAUCUCGAAAUCAACCAAUGCUCCUCAUUCUUUAUCCCCUCCAAAAUCCCGAUUUCCAUGUAUAACUAAUGAAGCUCCUAAAUCCUUAUUUGUUUUAGGCUUAAAAGGCCAGGGUGAUUAUAAAUUCAGUUCAAAAUCUCCAUUACCAUUUGACCCUUCAAAAGAAGAAGUUGCAUAUGAAGAUUUUUCCAAAGAAGGAAAAUCCCCUUCAAAUGCACUUAAAAAUCUGCAAAAAAACCAAAUAAAUUUGCAAUAUAAAAAAAAUUAUAUCAUAGGCCCGUGCUAGUGAGUCGCCAUUAUCCCGAUGUCUCCUUAUGUGUUUUGCCAACUUUAUAUGUAAAGCCAAUCAUUAAAGUUACGAAUCUGAUAUACCAAGUAGAUUUGCCAAUUAAAAGACUAGUUUUAAACUUUCCGAGCGUUUUAUUAAGAUAGCGAUCCAUUGGCAUGGACACACUAUAUCUGGAAGCUAUUUUUGUAUGACUUAAAAUUAUUUUUUAAAAAAUGAUAAAGGCAGCUCCAAGCUGAAAAAAUAUGGCUUCUGAGUUUUAUCAAUUUCAGGUACAAGCUGCAAGGAUAUUGACUAUUAGCAGUAUAAGGAAAAAUUGACUUAAUGAUCAAAAAAGUGCCUAAGACAUACUUCGCUGAAAGCUUUUUGGGUAUUCCACCAGAAAAAAAGCUUAUAAAUUGCGUGGGAAAUUACAAAGAAAGACUAGCAAGAUCUACAGGAAGAAGAAUUAUAAAUUUAGAAGAAAAAAUCUGCGAAGAAAUGAGCAAUGAUACUAAUCGGUCAAGCAUUUCCGGCUCUGACAUUUUGCUUCCCAAAAUAAAUAAUUAA